AGCAAUUUUGGCUCAAGCAAUUUCUGUCUAAGUAUUGGAUGUGGAUGGAUCUUGCCCGAUGAUCCAUGUGCGCGUUUCACUGCUAACGCUGUUUGUUACAACCUCCUCGUCCCUCGCAGACGUGCGGGGCAACUGGGAGCACCGAGACGAUUUUGUUGAGCAUGUAGGACUGCCGGAUGCCCAUCACGAUGUGGUAAUCGCUGUGAAGCAGCGCAAUCUUGCCGCCCUGGAGAAGAUCACCCUUGCGGUUUCCGAUCCCUCUCACCCGUCGUACGGCCAGCACUUGGGUCACGACCAGGUGCAUCAGAUGACUGCCAAUCCGGCGGCUGCAGAGGCGGUGCGGGCAUGGUGCGAGACACACGGCUUGAUGUUGGCAGCCGCGUCGUCGCACGAUGAGUACCUUACAGUGACUGCUCCUUUCUCGAUCUGGAACCGCCUCUUGCGCAGCAAGUUUAUCACGAUGCGGCACGUCGAGACGGGCCACCAGGUGCAGCGCUCCCGCGAGUUUACGAUGCCGGCGGGCCUGGAGGCGCACGUCUCUCACAUUUUCAACGUCGUGGAGCUCCCCUUGCGCACUGGACCAGGGCCGCAGGUCCUGCACCUCACCGGCACAGAGAGCAGGAGGCGGGAGCCAUGGGAGGACCUCCCGUACCCAUACCCAUGCAAAUCGACGAUGAAGCUCGCCUGCUGGAACUACCGCUACAACCAGACGUCCAACGACGCCAGCGGGCAGAGCCAAAUGGUUUUUGGCCAGAAGGGCGCGUACAUGGCCCCAGACGACAUCGCUCUCUGGGGCGGCAGCAACGGCGUCAGCCUGGACAAGCAGGAUUUCCAGUGCCCCAACGGCGGCUGCAGCACCACGGCGUGCAAGGGGUACGACCCAGACAUGCGAAGUAACGGGCACCUGUGCGUGGAAGGCAACAUGGAUGCGCAGUUCAUCUCGGGCAUCGGCCAGGGAGCGAAUAACACUUUUUACCUGAACACCAAUCUCGACACGCCAUUCCUCGAGUUCAUCACGCACAUAUCCUCGAUGGCGACCCCGCCGGGCAGCGUGUCUAUUUCGUACGGCAGCUACGAGCACGAGAUGGACCACGCGGUGAUGGACCACUUCGCCACCGAGGCGAUGAAGCUUGGCGCGCAGGGCGUCAGCAUCCUCUCCGCCUCGGGUGACGACGGCGUCGCGGGCUACAGGGCGCGGAACGACACGAGCAAGUGCCGGUACACGGCCACGUUCCCCUCCUCCUGCCCGUGGGUCACCAGCGUUGGCGGCACGCAGAACGCCGAGAACGACCCAGACGACCACGAGGUGCACACACUCCAGGAGUACGCGGCCAACGCGGUCGAGCAGCAGGGCCCGUACUUCAAGGUUACCACCCAGGGCGGCUUCUCCGACUACUUCGGGGUGCCCCCCUACCAGGCGGCGGCGGUGAGGGCGUACUUCGCCACCGCUGCGAGCAGGCGCGCGGCGCCGGGCUACAACCUCACUGGCCGCGGGUUCCCCGACAUCGCGUCCAACGCCAUCAACUUCCAGACCUUCAUCAACUCUUCGCCCGCGCUCGUCUGCGGGACCAGCGGCAGCGCACCCUCGGUGGCGGGCAUGGUCUCCGCCGCGAACGCGGCGCGUGCCAGGCAGGGCAAGUCGCGCCUCGGUUUCCUCAACCCGCUGCUGUACGCGCGCCCUCAGAUUCUCAACGACAUCUCCCACGGCUGGAACAACUGCACGGCUGUCGUCGGCUUCUGUUGCAAGCAGGGGUUCACGGGCGCCAGCGGCUGGGACCCUCUCGUCGGCCUCGGGAGCCCCUCGUACGUGCGUCUGCUCAAGGAGAGUGGUGCCGAGGCACCUAAUUCCGACAGCUUGCGAGUCUUGGUCUAGCAGUCAGGCAGGAGCUCUGACCUCAAGAUCGUAUGGCUUGAUGAAGCAUCUCGGCUGCAACUCCUCUGGGUCAUUGGCCGCCUACGACUUGAGUUUCGAUGAUUGUGGUCAGGAGCAUGUGCUACCCCAUUGCUUGAGCUGUUGCGUCAUGAACGCUGUGAGGGUAAGGGUCAGGUCUUCCUCCUCUAGUGGUUGGUAUCCCUUACUCUUGGCUUGGGCCAGGGUUUAAGCAGACGAUGCGCGUGACAGACGUUUUUGGCAAUCACGCUGCCCACUCUCCCUCCUCCUCGUCCACCUCCUCGUCCUCCUCCUCCUCCUCGUCCUCCCUCUUCUCCUUCUCUUCGUCAGGUUUCGCGAGGCCAAGCUGUGUCACGAUACUCGGUCUCAUACUGCGUGUGGUUGUUUUUGUUUUCCUAGAGCCGACACUGUACAACAAGCUGGUCCAGUGCGCUGGAGGAGAAACAGCUGACCUGGCGAUUCUCUGUGCUUGGGCACAAGAAUUUGGGUCCCGACGGCCACUUUUGUAGGACAACGUUGGUUUGUCUGCAGAGGUUAAGAUUUAGCGUGUUGGCUCGCCUAUUGCAGGUUGGGCCUCGUGUGGAUCCUGGCUAAUCUGGUGCACGUUGUCAGUGUUCUUCAACUGCUCGUAGUCGUGGCGUCGUGACAAGCGCAGUGAGGGCAAGACGGCUAGCGCGACCCGUGCCUCAGGCGCCAGCCAGGCUGCUUUAUCAAGCAGGUGGGCUUAUUCCAAGACGAUGCUGUUCGACCAGCCUCAUCAGUUUCUGGGUGUUAUCGGGCCAUCUUUCAGUCGGGGUAUGUUCCUAUCGAUCAGCUUCAACAUAUUAUGGCGCUCGUCCGUCUCUUGAACGAUAUUAGAUCCAUCUUGAGGCCUCGGAAGCCC